AUGGUCGUCUACGACUUCAAUAUGUUGUUCACAUAUGUCGUCACUGACUGGGAAGGAUCUGCCCAUGACGCAAGGGUUCUAAAUUCAAUUCUAGAUGAUCCUGAUUCGGGUUUCCCACAUCCUCCUCCAGGCAAAUAUUACUUAAUAGAUGCGGGUUAUGCGAAUAGAGGUGGGUUCCUCGCCCCACAUAGACGGGUUCCUUAUCAUGUUCCCGAUGCGCAUCGUAACCUUUUUGGACCUAUGGAGUUGUUUAAUUAUAGACAUGCAUUGCUUCGGAAUGUUGUGGAAAGGACCUUUGGUGUUUUGAAAAAAAGGUUCCGCAUUCUUGAUGGCAUGAACAAUUACCUGAUGGAGAAGCAAGCUAAAAUUGUUAUGGCAUGUUGUGUAAUUCAUAAUUUUAUCAGAUUCGAUAUGAACAACCUUAUCUUCCAAAAGUUUAAUGCCGAUGGAGUUUAUGAGGAAGGAAAUGGGACGUGUUCGAAUCAACCAACUCAGCGUAAUACAGACAACAUAGGAACUAUGAGGGAUAGCAUAACUACUGCUAUUUGUGUAAAACAUGAGUCCAUCUCGUAUUGUUAA